AUGUACAGAAAAUCUGGACAACAACCAAUGGAGGACACGAAGCUCAGACAGCAGUUCCCUGUUCCGUGCAAAUCUGGACAGCCAUGGAGUUGGCUGGAAUUCUUGGACAGCACACAAGUUUUGUCCAGAGAUCUGGGCUGCUAUCUACCAUUUGGGGCAAGCUUUAAACGGGAUUUUAGUGCAACUGCCGCAAGCCAGUUGCCUGCUAUAACAGAUCCUGACAUAAAAGUUGCUUUCAAGGAUCUAAUGGCUCUGAAUUGGAAUGAGGUCCCUGAUUCCCUUGUCAAUGAAACAACAAAGGCGUUGUCUAAAACUACUGAUGAUGUGUCAGGGGAGGAGGCUUUGGCAAAUGCCUUCCGUGCAGCUGAAGCUUCUGUGGAGUUUGGUAGCACUUUAGUAUCUCUCAGAAUGGCACUUGAUGAUCUUGGUGGAUUGACUGGCGAGAAUGUUGGGAACUUGCCAGAUGGCUUAGAUGAUGCCAUUGAAGCGGCAUAUAGGCGUUAUAAGACUUAUCUUGAUUCCUUUGGCCCUGAUGAGGUCUACCUACGAAAAAAAGUUGAAAUUGAGCUUGGAACCAAAAUGAUACACAUAAAGAUGAGAUGCAGUGGUAUUGGUUCUGAGUGGGGCAAGGUAAUUCAAUUUAUGCAUAUUUGGUAG